GAGGAGGAGCUGAAAAUGCAGAUUUAGCAUCAGGCACAGAUACACUCGCUCUUUCUCUGAGAUACACACAGCUCUCCACAUUAGCACCUCUGCGAGCAAGCCGGGCUGCCUGACUGCACGGCUUCCCCGCCAGCCAGAUGCUAGAGAACACACACUGAUUUGCUCCUUUCCAAACCCCUAGUCAGUGUUUUUCUCUACACAAAGAUUUUUUAAAAACAAGCAACAACAAAAACUAUAUAUAUAUUUUUUUCUUUUUUUUUUUAUUUGCACCUUCCUUGCGGGACCACUGCUCCGCCAGCCUGCGCGCCUCCUAACACCACUUUUCACUCCCAAAGAAAGAUGAAAGGUGGCUGUGUCUCCCAGUGGAAGGCGGCCGCCGGGUUCCUCUUCUGUGUCAUGGUUUUUGCAUCUGCCGAGAGACCGGUCUUCACGAAUCAUUUUCUUGUGGAGUUGCAUAAAGGAGGAGAGGAAGAAGCUCGCCAAGUUGCAGCAGAACACGGUUUUGGAGUCCGAAAGCUCCCCUUCGCCGAAGGCCUGUAUCAUUUUUAUCACAAUGGCCUGGCAAAGGCCAAGAGGAGACGCAGCCUGCGCCAUCAGCAGCAGCUGGAGAGAGACCCCAGGGUAAAGAGGGCCUUGCAACAGGAAGGGUUCAACCGAAAAAAGCGAGGGUAUAGAGACAUCAACGAGAUCUACAUCAACAUGAACGACCCUCUUUUUACGAAGCAGUGGUAUCUGAUCAAUACCGGGCAAGCUGAUGGUACUCCUGGCCUUGACUUGAAUGUGGCAGAAGCCUGGGAGCUGGGAUACACAGGGAAAGGUGUUACCAUUGGAAUUAUGGACGAUGGGAUCGACUAUCUCCACCCGGACCUGGCCUCAAACUAUAACGCCGAAGCAAGCUACGACUUCAGCAGCAACGACCCCUAUCCUUACCCUCGAUACACAGAUGACUGGUUUAACAGCCAUGGAACCCGAUGCGCCGGGGAAGUUUCUGCAGUCGCCAACAACAACAUCUGCGGGGUCGGAGUGGCCUACGGCUCCAAGGUCGCAGGGAUCCGGAUGCUGGACCAGCCCUUCAUGACGGACAUUAUCGAGGCCUCUUCCAUCAGCCACAUGCCUCAGCUGAUAGACAUUUACAGCGCCAGUUGGGGCCCCACCGACAACGGGAAGACGGUGGACGGGCCCCGGGAGCUCACACUCCAGGCCAUGGCGGACGGCGUGAACAAGGGCCGAGGGGGCAAAGGCAGCAUCUACGUGUGGGCCUCAGGGGACGGCGGCAGCUACGACGACUGCAACUGCGACGGCUACGCCUCCAGCAUGUGGACCAUCUCCAUCAACUCGGCCAUCAACGACGGCAGGACCGCCCUGUACGACGAGAGCUGCUCCUCCACCCUGGCCUCCACAUUCAGCAACGGGCGCAAGCGCAACCCAGAGGCUGGCGUGGCAACCACAGAUUUGUACGGCAACUGCACCCUGAGACAUUCUGGGACAUCCGCGGCUGCUCCUGAGGCAGCUGGAGUGUUUGCACUGGCUUUAGAGGCUAACCUGGGUCUGACCUGGAGAGACAUGCAGCAUCUGACCGUGCUCACCUCCAAACGAAACCAGCUUCAUGACGAGGUCCAUCAGUGGCGGAGGAACGGGGUCGGCUUGGAGUUUAAUCACCUCUUUGGCUACGGGGUGCUUGACGCAGGCGCCAUGGUGAAAAUGGCCAAAGACUGGAAAACUGUGCCUGAGAGGUUCCACUGUGUGGGAGGCUCCGUGCAGGACCCUGAGAAAAUACCGCCCACCGGCAAGCUGGUGCUGACGCUCACCACCGCCGCCUGCGAGGGGAAGGAGAACUUCGUCCGCUACCUGGAGCACGUGCAAGCUGUCGUCACGGUCAACGCGACCAGGCGAGGGGACCUGAACAUCAACAUGACGUCCCCCAUGGGCACCAAGUCCAUCCUGCUGAGCCGGCGGCCGCGGGACGACGACGCCAAGGUGGGCUUCGACAAGUGGCCUUUCAUGACGACCCACACCUGGGGGGAAGACGCCCGGGGGACCUGGACCCUGGAGCUGGGCUUCGUGGGGAGCGCGCCCCAGAAGGGGGUGCUGAAGGAGUGGACGCUGAUGCUGCACGGCACGCAGAGCGCCCCGUACAUCGACCAGGUGGUGCGGGAUUACCAGUCCAAGCUGGCCAUGUCCAAGAAGGAGGAGCUGGAGGAAGAGCUGGACGAAGCGGUGGAGAGAAGCCUGAAGAGCAUCCUGGGCGAGAACUAGCCCCUCGGCACCCUCUCCCCAGCGCCAGCCCGCCGCCCCCGCCGGGCACCUAGCAGCGAACCUCCCCCCACACAAGCGAUUCCAACUUCUUGCUCCGAAGCUUCGCUCACUGUCAGUGAUUAUUUUCAUUACCAUGGAAGCCACCUUUUUUAUUCUGUGCCCCAAAUACAGUGUUCCCACC